UAUCUCGUAAAACGACCUCGAUGAAGUUUUUUCGAUUAGGUGAUAUGUGAUUGCAAGAAGAAAGAAGAAAAAAGUGAAGAAAAGAAAAGAAGAAAGUAAGAAUUAUUUAGUGAGAGAAGAAACGGGAUUGUGUGUAUAAUUAACGGAAAGGACGAUUUUAUUCGGUUGAAACUGAAGACUCAUGUCAACCAAAUACUUGCGUGAUCCUCCAAACGUAAUAAAGAUGGCUGACCUCAGUGAUCCAAUAAUCUCCAUAUUCGAAGGAACGUGUUAAUCCGUUGGAUCUUAAAGGACUGAUUGAAUCAGGACCGACUCCGAUUUUCUCUGAAAGAUCCAAAAAUUCGGACUCGAAACUAGAAGAAUCUUUUGCGAGGUUUUCCCUUUCUUUUUCGACAGAAUUCUUUAAGAAACUACUACAUUUUGUUCAUCCUGCCACCGUCAUCGUCGUCCAAAAGUUUUCUUCAAAUUCAAGAGGAAAAUGGAAGAGAACGGUAGAACCGAAACACUCUGCAAAGUAUGUGGCGACAAAGCAUCUGGGAAACAUUAUGGAGUACCGAGUUGCGACGGGUGCCGUGGUUUCUUUAAACGGUCGAUCCGCAGGUACGCGAGAAACUUAGACUACGUCUGCAAAGAGAACGGGCGUUGCAUCGUGGACGUUUCAAGGCGUAAUCAAUGCCAAGCCUGUCGUUUUACAAAAUGUCUUCAGGUCAACAUGAAACGAGAUGGUACGCUUCGUCUCGAUGCGGUACAGCACGAAAGAGCACCGAGAAGUACUUCGACCUUGGUGGCUGCUGCAAGAAGAGCUCCGGCUGGCCUUUAUCCGGGUCUACCUCACGUUUAUCACACGACAAACAAUCCGUAUCAUCCUCUUCUUUAUCCGGCAUUAUUUCCUUUCAAACCAACGAUGCCUCCAUUUGCACCUGCCGUUGCACAUUUUUUACCAAGAACCUCGACAGAAUCAUUAUCGGUGAGCACAGCGAAGGAAGACGAGGUAACGAGCUCCGAAGAAGCUGCAACAGUUGAACCGAGGCUCGAACAAAAAGAAGAACUCGUCGGUACUCGUCUUGUCCCGCAAAUCGUCAGUCCGGUCUCUGCGGAAUAUACGAUGUCAAGCUUCUCAUUGUUGCCGACGGAAAACGUUUACGAGUUCGCUGCGAAAUUAUUAUUCUUCGCUGUAAGAUGGGCUAGAAGCAUACAUUCAUUUUUACAAUUACCAUAUCGAGAUCAAACUAUAUUGCUAGAAGAAUCCUGGAGCGAGUUGUUCGUACUUACGGCGGCCCAAUGGAAUUUUCCUGUUGAAGAAAGUAGUUUGGUUCCUGCCGAUUUAUCUACGGAAAGACGAGAGAUAUUAGUUGACGAAGCGAGAAGACUUAGAGAAUUAUUAGCUAAAUGCUCGUUGCUGAGGGUCGAUCAUUCGGAAUACGCGUGUUUGAAAGCCAUCGUCCUUUUCAAGGGUGAAUCUAGAGGUCUCUGCGAACCUGGCAGAGUUACCGCGUUGCAGGAACAAACCGUAGCAGUUUUGUGCGAGCGUGACGCUCGAAGGGUUGGUCGAUUGUUGUUGCUUUUACCACCGGCGCGUGCAUUGUGUCGAUCUACCCUUCAAGAGCUUCUCUUCAAGCCCACCGUCGGUGACGUCAGUGUGGAAAGAUUACUCGGAGAUAUGGUCGGUGCACUCAGGCCAACUUAGCCUUCAUCGUCGAAUUGGACGAGAGCUGAACGUACAUUGCUCGAUUAUAUUUAAAACGCGUUGUUAAAAAAAGGAUCUUCGAAUUUGACUUGAAUCAUCGUAAAAGCUUCAAAAUUACGUAUACCAAAUGAUCCCAACGAAGAACUUCGUAUUUUCUUUUUUUCUUUUUCUUUUUGUUUUCAGAAAAUAGUUAACUUACCAACCGAGUUGAAACCGCGUGUGUAUUUUCAAUCGUCGAUAAUGUCGGGUAAUGUCGGUAAUCGUCGGUAAUACAGAGAGUGAUAAAGAGAAAUAGAAAAAGCGUCUUCUAUAAUUAAAAAAUAUUAUUUACUAGGUUUUACGAUAAAAAGAUGAAUUUUUUGUAAUCCUAUCGCAUCCUUAACGAAGAGAUAACGUUUUAUGAUGGCAACAAGUUCUAGUCAAUCUCAAAUCAUAAAGUUAAUGUCUACCGCAUGUAUAUAGAUGUAUGUAUUACGAAAUUAGAAAUAAAUCGUACGUGUCUGUAAUAACAAGAGCAAUAUGUUGAUUCGUCGUAGAUAUAAAAAAAUGUAUUUAUCAAAAAAGAUAUAUAUAUAUAUAUAUAUCUUCAGAAGUCGAAAUAAAGUUAUAAAAUAAACUGAUAACUUGCUCUCGUUAGAAUUUACUGAAAAAAAAUUCCUAAUUAUAUAAUUUUA